AUGCCGCGCAUGUCCACCUACCGCGAGCCAAAGCCUCCACCACGCCGGCGUUCCCGGAGCCAAAACGGUAACAGUAGUCCGCUCCCACGCAAUGAAUCAGAUUACGACGUACCCGCUCCUGAACCCAAGAAGCAUAUCAGCAGUCUUGAGGGCCACAUUAUAGCAGCCAGUGGAGAAUUUGUCGGCACCUUCAUGUUCCUCUUCUUUGCUUUUUCUGGUCAGCUCAUGAUCACCAAUCAAGCCAGUGAUCGUUCGAUUCUCAACGGCGGUACGAGCAGUCAGCAGAAUAUCUUCACAGCCUUGGUGUAUGGCUUCAGUUUGUUGGUAAAUGUUUGGGCUUUCUUUCGGAUCAGCGGAGGAUUGUUCAACCCUGCGGUAACGAUUGGUAUGGUGGUUGCCGGUCAACUUCCCUUUAUACGGUCACUCUUUCUCUUUCCCGCUCAACUACUUGCAUGCAUGUGCGCCGGUGGACUCGUCGAAUGCAUGUUUCCAGGAGAUAUCGGUGUUGUCAACACUUCACUAUCUGGCGGUACCUCUAUCGCCCAAGGUGUCUUUAUCGAGAUGUUCAUGACCGCCGAGCUCGUGUUCGUCGUUCUAAUGCUAGCCGCCGAGAAGAGCAAAUCUACAUUCAUUGCGCCAAUCGGUAUUGGCCUGGCGCUUUUUGUAGCCAUGAUGGGUGGCGUUUACUUCACGGGCGGAUCACUUAACCCUGCACGCAGUUUUGGUCCUGCUGUUGCUUCACGAACGUUUGUCACCUACCACUGGAUAUACUGGAUUGGCCCUAUACUUGGUGCACUCCUUGCUUCGGCAUACUACCGCUUUGUCAAGCACUUUAACUACGAGCAGGCGAACCCUGGCCAGGAUUCUUCGGGUGGUCACUUCUCUGCAUAA